GCGGCGCUGUUGGAGUCUCAGCUCAAGUUAUUUGAUUUCAUAAAUUCGUCGAUGGCAUCUAAAAUGAAAGAUCGGAAGAGGACUCCAAUUUCUCAUAAAGUCAUUGAGAAACGCCGGCGGGAUCGCAUCAAUCGCUGCCUACACGAACUUGGAAAAACAGUUCCCAUGGCUCUGGCUAAACAGAAUUCUGGAAAGUUGGAGAAGGCUGAAAUCCUGGAGAUGACAGUUCAGUACCUGCGCGCGCUGCAUUCGGCGGAUUUCCCUCGUGGGAGAGAAAAAGGUGAACUUCUGGCUGAGUUCGCCAACUAUUUCCACUACGGAUACCACGAGUGCAUGAAGAACCUGGUGCACUACCUGACCACAGAGGACCGGGCUGAAACCAAAGACAUCAAGUACGCACGGAUCCUCGCUUUCUUACAGUCCAAGUCCCGAGUGGUCACCGAGCCCGUAUUCGGCUCCGUCGGCUCAGUUCCGGAAGUGUCCGAGUACCUGGGUCAGCUCCACUCGUCCCCGGAGCACCAAAGCCACAGUCCUGCAGAGUCCGUAUACCAGCAGAGUCCGCCGACCCAUUUCUCCUGGCACGGUUCGGCCCGGAGCCCGAGCAUCUCGUACCCGGCGGUUCCUCUCUCCGCGCACACGCAGCAGCACGGCGGGUACUUGUCACCGGUGCAGGGACUCGAUCAUCACUAUUUCAACUUUAUUGGUCACACGCACGCAAACACGUUCAGUUUGCACAACGCGCAACAUGCCAUGUAAAUAAAUGUCUAUGUUUAAUUUAUAUCAGUGUGGGUGAUGAAAUGAUCCGUGUAUAUUUUGUGAAUGAAAUAAAUAUUUCUGAUUAAAA